AUGGCCUCUGAAGAUUCCUUAAUGCUCUCUGACGACGAACUCUUCAAUCCAGUGGUCAAGCCUCAGCAUGAGACCAUUGAAACUCUGCCCCUCCACCGACCGACCAUAGACGACUAUGAUGACUCUGACUACGAGACACUCGCAACCCUACCACUUGAUCAUUCUGUCCUCAACAAUGGUAGAUCGACUAGUGGUGGCCAGACUCAACCAACUCAACUCAUACCUCGAUUAUCCUCACCCGAUAUGCCUUCAUCCCCUCCAAAACUUCCGACUGUACAGGUUGCAGCGUCUUCCCCAGUAAUUGGCUCUUCUGCAAUGCCAAAACAGCGUGGGAUUCUUGCUAGUGCAAUGGCCCCGGCGGGCACCACCUUCCGCCUACCAACAAUCGCCGUUCCACAGAGACGUCCUGAGCCAAUUACAAUCGACAGUGACGAUGAAGGUCCAACAUAUCGCGGGGGCUCUUCUGAUGACGAUGAAGGGAGUUCGAGGAAAAAUGACCUCAAGACAUAUACCUUCUCGCGCAAGCCUCAACCAGAAAAGGUUGCUGAGUCACCCCAGGGACAAAGUGAUGGCUCAAGUCGGUUCAGUAAAAUUGCUUCUAGCUAUAUGUAUCGUGCUUCCUCGAACUCAUCCUUGGCAUCAAGCUCGACGAAGCGGUCUGCAGACACAAACGCGAACGCUUACGGCAAUGCUACAAAGAAACCCCGACAGGCUGGUCCAGCCCGAGCGCUUCCUGUGCAGAAAAAGAUACCAGAGAUGGACAUGGAUGACAUCAGUGACUACAAUACACGCCAAAAGGUUAAGCGCCUCCUGGCCAUGGUCAGAGGCGUGUCCGUGCUAGAGAGUUUCACUGUCCUGCAGAAUAAGAAAGGGAAUUACGAUGAUGCGGUCGAACAGUUGUUGACGUUGAGUGAAAAGAGAGAAUCCGAUGGCAAGAAAAAUGCAAUCGACCUGAUUUCAGAUGAUGAGUUGACUCUAACUCCGGGUGUCCCAAAGCGGCCAUUGCUGCAUGUGCCCAAGCAACAUCCAAAAGCCCCGCAAAAGACAAUCGUGGAGAAAUGGGGCUCGACUCAGAUCCCCAAGAAGCCUCAGAAAGUGAUCAGUGUGUUUGAUACACCACAGCCACGCCCAAAGAAAAGAACUUUGAUCCGUGGCCGGAGGCGUUCUUCCACUCCGCCAGCACCUCUCCCAACUAAACCACUGCCCAGAGCUGUUCAAACCAUACAGUCUGACGAUUCAGACGAGGCAGACUCGGCUGCAAAUUCAGACGCCGAAGCCAAUCCAACGUUUCAGUCUCGCGUUCUUGAGUUCUUCAAUAAGUGCUCUGCCGCAGACCUAGUUGACACUGCAUCAACCAGUAAGGAGCUCGCUCAGUUCUUUGUCUCACAGCGACCAUUUAAAUCUCUUGAUGCCAUCACCGAGAUUCAAGAUCCUAGCCUUAAGCCCACAAAAGGUCGUCGCAAAACCGCGCCAAUUGGUGAGAGACUUGUCGAGAAGGUUGAGGCAAUGCUUGAGAGUUACGAUGCGGUCGACUUCUUAGUUCAGAGGUGCCAGAACCUUGCUAAACCGCUGGCUACUGAAAUGAAGAGAUGGGGGAUCAAUAUGCACGGUUCGCAGAGUGGAGAGCUUGAAAUGGUGUCCCUACACGAAGUCCAAAAGACCCAUGAUUCAGGGAUUGGAACUCCAGUCAGUGACGAGGACCCUGAUAACGUCAGACAACCUGGCUCUAGAAAUCGCAUUGGCCAACCUUCAUCGAUGUCGCCGGAUAUCCAGAUGAAAGACUACCAGAUCGCCGGAGUGAAUUGGCUCAACCUUCUAUACAAAAGGAACUUAAGCUGCAUACUCGCCGAUGACAUGGGUCUGGGAAAGACUUGCCAGGUCAUCGCCUUUUUGGCACACCUUUUUGAAGAAGGUCACGCUGGCCCACAUCUUGUUGUUGUACCUGCUGCUACUCUAGAGAAUUGGUUGAAAGAAUUCAAACGCUUCUGUCCAACUUUGCGCGUUGAGCCAUACUACUCUACCGUUCCUGGGGAGCGAAUGAUGCUGAGACAGACUUUCGAAGACUCCAAAGAAGAAGUUAAUGUCAUUGUUACAACGUACACUAUAGCCAAAGCAAGGGACGACUUUCCUUGGCUUAGAACCUUUGGAUUUGACUGCACAGUCUUUGACGAGGGCCAUGUGCUGAAGAACGCCGACUCCCAAGUCGCCUCCAAGCUAGUCAAGAUCGCAUCCAACUUUCGUCUUCUGCUCACUGGAACACCUCUGCAAAAUAAUUUGAAAGAAUUGAUCAGUCUUCUGGCUUUCUUAAUGCCGGAUGUGUUCAAGGACAAGCAAUCAGCCUUAAGGACAAUCUUUUCACACACUGUCAAGGCUAUGGACGGCAAUCACGAUGCCCUCCUUUCGGCACAAAGAAUCACUAGGGCACGAAGCAUGCUUACGCCGUUCAUAUUGAGACGCAAGAAAUAUCAAGUACUCGAAGACCUACCAAAGAAAGAGCGACGGGUAGAGCUUUGUGAUAUGACUGCUGAGCAGGUGGAAAUCUAUCAACUCUGGCUCGAAAAAGCCUACAGCAUCCGUGAGAGGAGGGAGAAGGGGGAGAACAUGGGUCAAGAGUCCUCCAAUAUCCUCAUGAAGUUGAGGCAAGCCGCAAUCCAUCCAUUCCUCUUCCGUCGUCUCUACCCUGACAAAAUCCUCCCCAAAAUUGCCAAACAGUGUCUCCGAGUAGAGAUGUGGCGCGAAUCCAACCCGGAUCUCAUUGUUACCGAGUUGAAGGCUUAUUCCGACAUGGAAAUCAAUACUUUAUGUGAUGCACAUGAAGAACUGAAACGUUUCGUGCUUGUCAACAACGAGUGGAUGGCCAGUGGAAAGGUUGAAAAGACUGUCGAGCUACUUCGCAAGUUCAUGUCAGAAGGGCACAGAACUUUGAUCUUUAGCCAAUUCACAAUGGUACUAGACAUCUUGGAACUCGUCUUGCAGCAUGAAGACAUAGGCUAUUAUCGCUUGGAUGGUACGACCAGAGUUUCGGAGCGCCAGGAUAUGAUCGAUGAAUUCUCAGCAGAUGACAACAAAACCCCUGUCUUCAUGCUCAGUACCAAAGCAGGCGGUGCAGGCAUCAAUCUUGCAACAGCCAAUAAAGUCAUCGUGUUCGAUAGCGGCUUCAACCCUCAAGAUGACAUCCAAGCAGAAAACAGAGCUCAUCGAAUUGGCCAGACCAAAGAGGUUGAGGUCAUCAGGCUGGUUUCAAGAGGCUCAGUUGAAGAACAAAUUCAUGCUAUGGGACUCGCGAAACUCAAAUUGGACGAACAAGUGGCUGGAGAUGGAGCAGAAGAGCAGCCACCGCAGAAUGGAGCUGAGGAGACUGAGAAGGAGGCCGAGGGUCGACAACUUGUGGAAAGCAUGUUUUUCGCAAAGUUGAAUCAGGAGCCGAUCGACCAGUUGAAGGCAGAAGUUGCCAGUCCUGCAAAGGCGAAGCUUCCAAAGUCCGAAGAACCAGCACCGGAACUGAAACCUAAUGAUGUGGAAUUGGAAAAAUAUCCUGAUGCUAGCCAGAAUCGCCAGGCAAGUGUCGAUCUACCCGCUCGACCUAGAAGGUCCAAGCGGGCUUAA